AUGGGUAAUUUAACAAGUAAAUUAUUUUUAAACGAUGAAGAAGUUAACAGCAAAUCGAAAUUAUCAACUCAAAUUAAAAUGGGCACACUUGAAAAAAAUCAAGAAAAACAUCAAUGUACUCCGAUCAUGACAAGGAAAGAAUUAUCAGCUGAUCCACGAUCUGCAUCUGCUGGCAUAGUAAGAACUCCAAUCGAGGUUGAUAUAACACCUACCGGUGUAUCUAGACGGGUAGCAAAGGCGAUACCUAAAUAUUUACAACCUAAACAAUAUCUUGAAACUGAUAUUGAUAGUGUUGUUCCAGCAUUAUCAUCAGCACAUACAACUUUGGAUCCUCGAUCACCCAAUGUUCCUUGUACACGGACACCUAUCAUGGUUAAACAUGUGCCAGAAUACUUGACUCCUGUUGUAAAGAUAAAAGAAGCGCCGGCAAUGGAUACACCACAGAUGCUUACUCACAAACUUGACCCACGUUCUCCAGCCGCUGAUUUUGACAGAACGCCAAUUUUAAAGCCUAAAUCGCCGAAACGAAAUGGGCCUCAUGAAAAUAAAAAUAAUUCAAUGGAAUGUACUAUCGAAGUAUUAAAUCCACAAUUGGCUUAUUGUGAAACUACCACUGAUUUCAAUAUAUCGGAAAUUCAAGUUCUGCCGGAUAUUGUCUCUCAACAACCAUCGGAUUUGAAAAAACGUUUAGACCUACAUGAUGAAUUCAACACCAGCAUCGACGAUUGUCUGUUUGCUAAAUGUAGCUCCGAUGAAAGUGAUUCGGAUGGUCAGUUAACUGUUAUUCCUAACUUAAAAGCUAUGAAGACAGAUGAAAAAUUAUCGUCUACUCAUGAGAUUAUGAAUAAGGAAUUAACCAGUGCUAAUGAAGAAAUAAAGACAGUGAAAGAAGAUUUAGAGAUAAUUACUAAUAUUUCAACUUUGAUUAAUAAAAGAACAAAGGUCGAUACUGAAGAAAAAAUACGUAUUUGGAGAGAUUCAAUAUCGCCAGAUCUUUUCGAAGAGCCUAAGUCCAAGAUUAUGACAUCUAAACCGGAAGAAAUUAUCAUUGAGUUUAAUCAAGAUCAAUCAAUCUCUAAACCUGAAAAGACUAGUAAUGUUUUAUUGGAAAAAACCAACGAAAACACAAUUGGUAAGGAACCUGCUAUCAAGAAAAAGAAGACAGCACACAAACCUAAGGGAAUAAUUAAUGAUAAAAAGUCAUCGAAUUUGACGGGAGGACGCACACCAUUAAGUAAUCGUUCUAAUAGUCAUAAAUCUGAAAUUCAAAGUAAAUCGCCUCAACAAAUAUUUAGAAGUAAAGCUUUUUCAGUUAAACCAUAUCAACAAGAAAAUACACCACCUCGCAGUAAAAAUUUAAAUUCGAAAAUUAAAUCUAGUAAUGCACAGUGGGAUUUAGAUAAGACUGUUAUUAUAUAA